AAUGUUUUAUUGCCGGACGGAAGAAAUAUAACACUCGAGUCAAGCCGGUCAACAAGUUCUGCUUGUGACCAAGUUUUUUUUUAGUCCAUUUAAUAAUUUUUUAAUCUGAAAUUCUUAAUCUUCUUGCUUUCCGGUCUUAAAAUUUUAUUUUUUAAUUUUAAUAAAUCACUAUUCAUUCCCAGAAACUUCUUUGGAAAACACGGAAUGUUAAUUGAUAUUGCAGGCUCUUUUUCAUCAAUUUAUUGUGUUGGUACUUUUAACAACAAUUAAAGAAUCUCUAAGCCAACUGAGGCAAAACAAAGAUGAAUUGUUGAACUGGUGUUUGAAUGGCUAAAAUCACAAAAGAAUACCAGGAAAAGAAUACUCAUUACAUGACGAACCCUUGGAAAGAUCAUGCCUGCUGUACAGAAACUGUCACUCAAGAUAUUCAUGAAUUGAAGUUGUAUAAUUUUAGUUAUGAUCAUUGCUUCAGCCAAGUGAAGAGAAAUAUGUCUCUUCCAUGCAAGAAACACUUCAUACAAGACAAUUGUUUUUAUGAAUGCGAGCCACACAUUGGAUUAUGGGUCGUAAAUACCACUAGAAAAAUUUCAUCUGAAAGAUAUUUCAAAGUGCCUCUCUGUUCUAAAGAUUGUGAUGAAUGGUUUAAAGAUUGUAAGAAUGAUUAUACUUGUGUCUAUAAUUGGCCCAGAGAAUUUAAAUUUCAGAAAGGUCACAAUAUAUGUCCAGAAAAUUCCCAGUGCUUGACAUUUUCAGAAAUGUAUAAAAUGGCAAAAGACUUUUGUGAGAAUGUUUGGGAUCAUUCUUGGAAAUAUACAGAAAGUGAAUUUUGCAUGCAUAUUUGGUUUGAUGGAGUGGCUGAUGUUAACAAAAAAGUAGCCGAACAUUAUAUCGAUCUUGCCCUCUCUCCUAGCACUGCCAGUACUUCAUCUACCUCCUGGUACUUUUUUGUAUUGAUUGUAGUAUUAGCACAAAUAAUGGGUCACUGAAGUACAAUAUUUAAAUUAGGAUAUCUAUUAAUGUUGUUCCUGUUUAUCUAUUUUGGAUAUUUAGUUUUUGAAAAUAAAUAUAUAUUUUAUGAA